AUUUAGGUUAAGGUUAGGGUUAGCGGUGGCAAAUCAGCCGAGGCCAUCACCCAUCACCCGCCUCGGCACCAGGCACCAAAACCAAAAUGAUCUGCUGUCGAUGGCAAAAGUUUCGAGCAUAGCCAGAAGCACAAUCAUAUCAGUUGUCAACAGGAUCGGGGGGCCUAGAGUAUUGGAUUAUUCGCCAUCCCAGCAUCCCAGUCGGCAGAGGUACCGGUAUCGAUUGUCAGCAUGGUUUGGCACUUCUACAAGCAAGCGCUAACGCGACAUCCGCUGUUGGUUAAGGCGACGACAGCUGCCACACUCAUGUCCAUUUCGGAUGUUCUUGUUCAGGCUUAUGAACAACAAUCAGGAGAUACUUCGUUGUCUACUUGCAACAGAGAAAGCGUUCCCACGACAUCAAGCAAUGGACUGCUUCUGAUUCUGAUUCUUCAAGCCAACAAUUGGCUACGUACCCUGCAUGUGGGCGUGACAGGCCUCAUUUUUUCUGGACCCAUUACCCACGCGUGGUACGGCAUCUUGGAAAGACUUGUAGAACGACUCCCCUUGAAGUCGUCGGUUUCCACCUUGGCCACCAAACUUCUUUUGGAUGCCAUUCUCUUCUCGCCUAUUGCCGUUGCGGGAUACUUUAUCUGGAGAUCGGUGCUGGAGGGAUCCCAUGUAGGACAAAAGCUCCAGCGCAAGUGGUUCUCGUCACUCCAAGCAUCGUGGUCGUUUUGGCCGUUGGCCAAUACCUUGAACUUCGCCUUUGUUCCUUUGCCAUACAGAGUCCUAUAUAACAAUGCAUUGAGUCUACUGUGGAAUGCCUAUCUUUCCAAUGCAAACCAGGGCUAUGCGGGUGUCACAAGAGAACAGCAAGCGGUCAAGAAAACAAGACCCAUGGCGAUCGGGAAAGAUACCGGUACCAGAUACCGGUACCAGCCCACUAGGAGGGCUUGGGUGGCCUCGUGGAAGGGUUGCCCUUCAUCAUGAUGAGGUUUCUCAGUAACUCACGCUAGACUGGUGGAAAGCUGUGGGAUUUGUCGCUGCUUCCAUCUUCUACGAUGCCGAGUCUAUGCUGAUAGGUGCAGGCCGGGGCUGAAACUGGGGUUGGGAAAAGGCGGCCUCCAGAAGUGGUAGACGACAACGUUAAAACUCCCUUGCAGUGUCUGAUCUGCUGGUCUGCUGCGCCAAUGAGGGGUCAGAUCCUCACGACAAUCUCCAAGGGCAUCGGGUGUGUAGUUCCUAAUAAGUUGCUCCUUCUUGUGUUUGCCUGGCUGUGGUUCAUGUCAUCGUCUGCAUGUACGGUACCCGCAGCAACAACUAUUAAAAUCGGAUUGAAUAGUCGGUAUUAUUAUUCACUGGCAACUUGUUUCUGGGGCAUGCAUACGGAAUACCGAUAGUCUCCCGUUCUGGGUACUCUUUUAAUUAAAACAGGAGCCGCACUGCGAUAUCUUAAAAGUGCUUCAUGCGUUCUGUUCGCUGUGGAUUUAUUUUUCUUGCUGCUCUUUUUCGCACCAAAUCUUGACCUGAUCAAUAUGCGAGUUGAGGCCAAACCGAAACAAAACUUGCAUAAUUGGAUU